AUGAUUUUUGUUGCUGGGAGGUUUCCCUCCCUCGUCGCCGGCUUACUUCGGUCACCCUGUUCUCUACUGACGCCCCGACGAUCUGUGGGGCUGCUCACGCGAUUGACGAUCGUGGACAACAGCGAGAACGCCAAGAAAGUGACGCGCCUGGACCGCCCCUACUGUAUAAAGCUCCCCAAAAACUCUCGCGAGGCGGGGUUCGGCGAGGUGAUAACCAUCGCUCACCUGGGCAAGGUCCACAAGGCCCUGGUGGUGAGCAACCGGCGGCCCAGUAAGAAACUCCCUCGCUAUGACACCCACAACAUAAUCCUGCUCAACGACAAACUGGAGCCAGUGGGGACACGGAUAAUGGGCCCUGUGCCGUCCGUCAUUCGGAAGAGAAGCCGACAGCUCUCAAAGGUCAUCGCCAUUGCUACAAAGUUCAUCUGA